AUGGAAGAAACAAGGCAUGAAAUCGAAGAGGAAAAUACAAGAACAAGAUCAAAUACAACAGAAGAGGAAGAAGAAGUCUUGGAAUACGAAGAAGAAGACAUAGAGGAAGGUGUAGAGAAAUGCAAUCACAGUCUAGUAGGAAAGCUGGUGACAGACAAAAACAUCAACCCAACAUGGGUCCAAACGGCUAUGUUCAACAUUUGGAGGAGGCCAGAGGGCUUUAAGAUGGUAGAGAUCAGGCCAAAACUUUUUCAGUUUUUCUUUCAUAAGGAAAUAGACAUGAGAAGAGUUCUGAAAGGAAACCCAUGGAUGUUUCGAAAUUCAUGGCUACUGAUCAAAAAAUGGGAAAGAGGAGUAAACCCAGCAGAAAUGGAUUUUUCUAGAACAGAAAUUAAACUUCAAAUAUGGAACAUGCCAGAGCAUUGCAAGACAACAACUCUAGGAAGAAAGAUCGCUGCUAGGGUGGGAGAAGUCAUGGAAUGCAAUGUAUUCUCAGCGGGUCCAGGAAAAGGAAACUUUCUUAAAGCAUCAGUCAUGAUAAGGAUAGAGGAUCCACUGAAAGAAGGCCUAAAUAUGGGGAGUAAGCAAGAUGGUUUAACAAAGGUGGAGUUCAAAUAUGAAAGGCUGCCUACAUUUUGCUACUUUUGUGGAAGGAUCGGACAUGAUGUAGCAAACUGUGAGAUAGCAGAAGCAGAAGAAGAGCACACCAGUGGUUCAAAAAAAGGACUAGGAGCAUGGCUAAGAGCAGAUAUAAUAGGCAAUAAGGUGGAGCAUUCAACAGAACAAGAGAGGCCAACCAAAAUGGAAGACAAAGAAACUGAGAAAGGAACGCAACAAGGAAAAGGAGAGGUGUUGGAAAAAAUGGCAAAGCUAACUAUGAAGGAAAAGAGCCAGCAAUGCAUAGAAUACAAGGAAGGAAGCAAAGUUUCAAACAGGGAGAAAGUACCACAUCAAACAGCAGAGGUUGAAACCAUUACCAUCGAAGAGACGAAUAAAGAGGCUACAGAUCAUGGGGAAGAAGACAAAAAAAAGGAAAGAAAGUAG